UGAGAUAGUGGUUGCAUUGGAAUCAUCUGUCAGCGCUAUUUUACUUGCAGCAUUCCGAAAUAACGCAGUCAAUCGUCCAAAUUCGAAUGGGCCGGUGGUUUAUCAAAUAUUAAUGGGAACUGAUGAUUCCCUGUAUGUUUCAAUUUUUUUACAACACGUGAUUCUACGUGCACAUCACAAAGAUGACAACAGUGAAAAUUCAUGGAGGCAUCGAUAUCCUUCGCCUUCCUGUUAAUCAAGAGGAACAUACAUUUCCUCCCUGGUAUUUGAAAUACACACAAUCUCACAUUCUCCAUUCUAAAUGCUCCCGCAGCACAAAUGCUUGUGGAGACAAUGAUGUAGAUGCAUGCCAAUUCUGUGUGUUCAACAGAACCCUGGAUCUUCCUCAUAUGCCUGAUAUGGUGUUUCCAAACAAUGUAUUAACUUUAAAGUACAAUGACAAAGCUGUCAUAGAAUUUAAUGCUCUAGAUGCGCUCAGACGAGUGUCUAAUGGAAAAAUUAAUCUUCAGUUAGCUUGUGCAGAAGCCUGGAAAGAGUCUAGGUCAGAAAGCAGUGAAUAUCUCGAAGAGAAAAUAAAACCUUUUGACUGGACGUUCACAACAGAUUACAUGGGGACCAUGACUGGUUUUGUUGUGGAGGAAACGAUUGAUAAAAUUGAUGUGAACAAACUAAAGCAGAAAGAAAAAAUUUUGUUCUAUCACGACCUAACACUAUUUGAAGAUGAACUACAUGAUAAUGGAAUCGCUGUUUGUUCUGUAAAAAUUCGAGUAAUGCCAAGCAGUUUCUUUGUCCUUUUGCGAUAUUUUCUAAGAGUGGACAAUGUCAUGCUCAGAAUAAAUGAUACAAGACUUUUCUAUGAGUUUGGUCAGGACUUCUUGUUACGUGAAUUUACAUCCAGAGAAGCCAAAGUUCAAGACUUGCAUGUACCGCCUGUACUUUUUACCGAACCUAAUGAAAUAGCUCAAUACUUACCCAUAAUUGUGAACAAAUCACACAAGUUAACUAUCCCUGCAAUAUUUGUUGAAACUCUGCCACAAAACAGGCCAACGGAUGUUGAUAAACAAAGUGAACCAACUUCGACUUCAGAGAAUACACGUGAUCCUGCUAUAAGUUCAUCAAGCAACGACACUAAAGAUUAGAAAAUAUCUAUUAAAAUGGUGCCACGUGUCUUAUUUGAUAAUUGAUUAAAGUCAUCAUCAGAACAAGGAAAAAUUUGGAUACCAAGUGUCCAAAAUCAAAUAAAUCAAGUGUUGAAGGAAGUGAUCCUGUGGCUUCUAUCCAUCACCAUCAAUGGAUUUACAUCUCAUAUCAUGUUACUUUGUUUCACAUCAGGUAAACAUGUAUAUACUCAGUUCACUGUUAAUAAAAUCUCAAUCGUACUUGUCACUAUUUAACUUGAAUAAUUUCCUCAUAAUUGAGUUACAUUAACGUAAGUCAUUGUGUCAACUAAGAAACUCACACAAAUCGUUGUAGAAGCAUAUUAUCGAAUAAUAGAAUAUCUGUUUAUUAUAGAUUUAUUUCAAUUGUCAGAAUUAUAAAUACAUCAUUAUCAUUUUGGCCAGGGCUUGAAUUCUCAUCCCUCUCUUGAUUUGUAACUUAUUUGCUAUUUGCUCAGUGUUACAUUGGCCAUCGCUAAAAAAAUUUAUUUGUACCAUCGAAAAAAUAAAAUACAUAAUAAAGUAA